AAUGUCUCAAAUUAGACUUCAAGGGGAAAAAAAUACUAAAAAUAUAUUGAUAGCGGGGAUGAAAAGGAAUUUUAAUUGAAACACGGAACAACAAAGAAUCAGAUUUAGUAUAUCAUGGAGUAUUUUAUUCAGCAUUCCCACUGAGUAUUAUUAUCUAGGUAAAAUAAUGCACUGGACACCAACAGUUCUGAAUGACUACUUUGUUAUUGUUAACGGUUUCAACUUUUUAGGAUAUUUUAUACUUUUGGUUCAUAUCAUGCUUGCAGAUCUAUCUACAUACAACUUUCCGGUUAUAAUAUGGUGGUGGAAAAACGUAUAUCCCCACGAAGAUUUAACGUCUUUUAAAUACAUAGACUGUGGGGGUUAUCGUGCCUGUUUGUCAACUUCAGAUAGGUUUUACCUGGAUGACUCAAGGACUAAAGGAAUAAUAUUCUAUGGUACAAGAGUUAAUCCUCACGACCUACCUUUACCAAGGAAAUUAUGGCAUGUGUGGAACUUGAUUCACGAGGAAUCUCCAAUGAAUAAUUAUCUGUUAUCACACGAGGAAUUCAUUUCGCUUUUUAACUUCACUGCAACAUUUAGAAGGGAAUCAGAUUAUCCGUUAACAACUCAAAGUAUUUAUUCUUUGGAUUACUUAACGAAAAGAAAACCAAUGUCUACUGAAGAGAAAAACAGGAAAAUACGAGAAAGUGGCAAUGCUCCUGUCUUAUAUGUGCAGUCACAUUCAGACGUUGCAUCUGACAGAGAUGCCUAUGUUGAGCAGUUGAUGAGAUAUGUAAAGAUUGAUUCAUUUGGAAAAUGUCUUCACAACAAAGAUCUCCCAGAAUCCAUGAGAGAAGCUGUGAUUUCUUAUGAGGAUGAACAAUUCAUGGAUUUCAUUUCCUACUAUAAAUUUCACAUUGCUUUUGAAAAUGCUAUUUGCAGAGACUACAUGACCGAGAAAUUGUUUCGAGCUCUUCAUGUGGGCUCUGUCCCUAUAUAUAUGGGAUCACCUGAUGUUCAAGAUUGGAUGCCUAAUAAUAGAAGUGUAAUUUUGGCACGUGAUUUUGGUUCUCCGGAAGAAUUAGCAAAGUAUUUGGAGUAUUUGAAUAAAAAUGAUGAAGAGUAUAACAAAUUCUUAGAAUACAAAUCACCUGGGGGGAUAACAAAUUCCUUUUUAAAAAAUCAUUUACAAGACCGCAGUUGGAGUACGCACCCGUCAGAGUCAACUGAAAGUAAUGAUCUCAAUAAGUUUGAGGGGUUUGAAUGUUUUGUUUGUAGAAAAUUACAUGAAGUGUUUGUAGGUGAUGGAGACAAAUUUGCGAAGGUGAACUUUUCACAUAAAGCCAACAAUUCACACAUGGGUUGUCCAGAACCAAGAAAAUUUUCACUGUCAACAUUAAAUUUCAGUAGUGGGUCAACUGACUUCCAUUGGACUAAACUGUAUGCUCAGCAGAAAAAUACUGCCACAGCAGCUCGGAGAAUGGUGGAGUCUGGGGAGAAAUAUUCCAGUGAAUUAUAUAAAUAA